AUGGAAUUGUUUUUGGUUCAGGGGGAGAUUAGGGAUGCUUUGCUGCGUCUGGCGGCCGCGGUGGAUGCGCGCUCACUUCGGAACGCAGUACAAGAGAGUGUCCGGGACCUGCUGCCCUCCACGGAGUGUGUCUGCCUCUACUUGCUGGAGGGAGAAGUGCGCCUGCUAUGUGACAACCCUCCACAUGAAUUACCACCGGAGGGCAAGAUCAGGAAUAUUGUAGACCUGUUGAAGAGGUUCCAAUGUGCCGGACUGCCUCCACCAGAACUCCCAGAAAAAUACCGAUCAUGUUUAGCGGCUCCACUACCAGCGCAAAGAAGAGCUGUUGUCAUUCCACUUCUGAACCCAGAGAGGAACAAGGCCAUCGCUGUCUUACUGGUGGCCUGUAGUCCUCUGAGUGACCAGGAUGAAGUGCAUCUCAACACAUUUGAAAAACAUGCAUCAGUGGCCUGUGGGCGUGUCCAAGCCAUCCAGUUGUCCUAUCAGAGACCUCCUCUCAGCCCGUCGCCGCUACAGUCACACAAUGCACUCCUGCAUCUCAACGUGUCGGAGCAGGACUACUGCGAGCUGGACCGCAACAUCCUGCAGCUCUGUGGUGAGCUCUUUGACCUUGAUGCGGCGUCUCUCCAGCUCAAAGUCAUCCAUUAUUUGCAGGAGCAGACCAAAUCGCAGUGCUGCUGUCUGCUGCUGGUGUCGGAGGACAACCACCAGCUCUUCUGCCAGGUGGUUGGGGAUAAGGUCCUGGAGGAGGAGAUCAGCUUCCCACUUAUGUUUGGGAGGUUUGGUCAAGUCGUGGAAAAGAAAAAGUCCAUUUCUCUCCAAGACAUCAGUGCCGAGGAGCGGCGGCAGCUGUCCAGCAUGCUGGACUGUGAGAUCACAUCCAUGCUGUGUGUCCCCGUGGUCAGCAGAGCCACAGGUCAGGUGGUGGCUCUGGCCUGCGCCUUCAACAAGCAGGGAGGGACAAAACACACAGAGGCUGACGAGCACGCCAUCCAGCACUGCUUCUGCUACACGUCCACUGUCCUCACGUCAACUUUAGCCUUUCAGAAAGAACAGAAGCUCAAAGUGGAAUGCCAGGCUCUGCUACAAGUGGCCAAGAACCUCUUCACACACUUGGAUGAUGUCUCGGUGCUGCUGCAGGAAAUUAUAGUGGAGGCCAGGAACCUGAGUGGAGCAGAGAUUUGUUCAGUGUUCCUUCUGGACCGCUUCACCCAUGAGCUGGUGGCAAAGGUGUUCGAUGGAGGUGUGGUCAGCGAUGAAGAGAAAGAGUUCCGGAUCCCAGCAGACCAGGGCAUCGCGGGUCAUGUGGCGACCACUGGUCAGAUUCUGAAUAUUAAGGACGCAUAUUCACACCCGCUGUUCUAUCGCGGCGUGGACGACAGCACGGGCUUCAGGACCAGAAACAUCCUCUGCUUCCCCAUCAAAGACGAGAACGACGAAGUGAUCGGUGUGGCUGAGCUGGUAAAUAAAAUGAAUGGACCCUGGUUCAAUCGCUUUGAUGAGGACCUGGCAACGGCGUUUUCCAUUUACUGCGGUAUCAGUAUUGCACAUUCUCUUCUCUACAAGAGAGUCCAUGAAGCCCAGUUCAGAUCUCAUCUGGCCAAUGAGAUGAUGAUGUACCAUAUGAAGGUUUCGGAGGAAGAGGUGACCAAGCUGUUGGUCACUGGUAUCGAACCGGUCGCAGAGAUCCAUCCGUGCUACGCCGAGUUCACGUACACGCCUCGCUCUCUCCAUGACGACACCACGCCUAUGUGUGUCCUCAGUAUGUUUGAGGAUAUGGGCUUCAUCAACACGUACAAGAUGGACAUGCACACUCUCGCAAGAUUCUGUUUGAUGGUAAAGAAAGGUUACCGAGACCCUCCUUACCACAACUGGAUGCACGCCUUCUCAGUCUCACACUUCUGCUACCUUAUGUACAAAAACCUGAGGCUGUCCAACUACCUCGAGGACAUAGAGAUAAUGGCUCUCUUUGUGUCCUGUUUGUGCCAUGACCUGGACCACCGCGGCACCAACAACUCUUUUCAAGUCGCCUCUCAAUCUGUCCUUGCUGCUCUCUACAGCUCGGAGGGAUCUGUCAUGGAGAGACACCACUUUGCCCAGGCCAUCGCCAUUUUAAACACUCACGGCUGCAACAUUUUUGAGAAGUUUUCCCGGCGGGACUACCAACGCAUGCUGGAUCUGAUGAGAGAUAUCAUCUUGGCGACUGACUUGGCUCACCACCUUCGCAUUUUCAAAGAUCUUCAAAAGAUGGCAGACGAUGGAUACAACCCAAAAAGCCGUAAUCACCAUUCACUGCUGCUGUGCCUGUUGAUGACGUCAUGUGACCUGUCAGACCAAACCAAGGGCUGGAAAACUACACGCAAGAUCGCUGAGUUGAUCUACAAGGAAUUCUUUUCUCAAGGAGAUCUGGAAAAAGCCAUGGGGAACCGACCCAGUGAGAUGAUGGACCGAGAGAAGGCCUACAUCCCCGAGCUCCAGAUCAGCUUUAUGGAACACAUUGCCAUGCCCAUCUACAAGUUGUUGUCUGAGCUUUUCCCUGGUGCCACCGAGCUGUUCGAGCGUGUUUCUGCAAACAAGGAGCAGUGGACCACGGUGUCAGAAAAGUGCACCAUCCGCGGGUUACCCAGCAACAACAGUUUGGACUUCCUGGACCAGGAGUAUGAGCUGCUGCAGGCUCAGGGCGCCUUUGGGAGCGACCACUGCCUCAACGGUUGCCUUGACGACACGGACGGGGGCCAGUGUCAGUGA